AUGGUUCACCGCGGCGAGGAGAGGGCGGAGCGCGGCGGCGCCCCGCCGAUGGACGACGCGAUCGACGUGCUGGUGCGCCACGUGUUGGCCGAGGGGCGGGCGGAGGCGCGGCGCGAUGGUGGCGGCGAGCCGACAAGAUCGCACGCCGCUGCCCUGCACGGGCUGCGGGCGCGGCGCAACCGGCGGGCAGUGCUGCCGUCGACGGUCGGCAGCCGGGUCGAGGACCGGGAGGCUGAUGCGCGAACGUCACAGCCGGGCGAACCGGCCGCCACGGCCCUCCCUCCGCGCGGCCAAGCUGCUGCGGCGGCCACACGCCGUUUCAACUGCCGGACCCGCGAGCGGUGGGGCGGCGCCAAACGGGCGUGGUGUUGCGAGCAUGAGAGCCUCGGCUGCGCGGUUCGCUGGCCCGAAGCCGGGGAUGUUGCGUAA